GUAGGCUGCCGCACAGUGCCAAGCUAUACCGAGCUAGAUUAGAUCGAGACGGCCAUGUCGGAGCAAGGGCGCAUCAUCGGACCGAUCACGGCCACGGCGGCGGCGAGGUGGAAGGAGCUCCACGGCGAGCGGUCGUGGGAGGGGCUGCUGCGGCCACUGGACCUGGACCUGAGGCGCACGGUGAUCUGGUACGGCGAGAUGGCGCAGGCCACGUACGACGCGUUCAACUACGAGAAGCACUCGCCGCACGCCGGCCUCUCGCGCUUCGGCAGGAAGCGCUUCUUCGAGCGCGUGAUGCUGCCGGGCCACUCCGCCGCGUACCGGGUCACCAGGUUCCUGUACGCCACGUCCUCCGCCCCUGCCGCGCCGGCCGCCGCGUUCGUGAGGGGCCGCCAUCCGCGACACCGGUGCAAGGAGUCCAACUGGAUCGGGUACGUUGCGGUGGCUACUGAUGCGGGGAAGGCCGCCCUCGGUCGCCGUGACGUGGUCGUCGCGUGGCGCGGCACGAUCCAGGCGCUGGAGUGGGUCGACGACCUCGAGUUCGCCAUGGUGCAUCCCAAGGGCAUCCUUGGCGACGCCGCAGGCGCCGACGCCAUGGUGCACCGUGGCUGGUUCUCCAUCUACACCUCCACCGACCCGGCCUCCAUCCACAACAAGGACAGCGCCAGAAGCCAGGUUCUGGCCGAGGUGAAAAAGCUGGUGGACACGUACAAGGAUGAGGAGGUGAGCAUCACGGUGACCGGGCACAGCCUCGGGGCGGCGCUGGCCACCCUGAACGCCUUCGACAUCGCCGAGAACGGCUACAACUGCACGGCCUCGGCGACGUUCCCGGUCACAGCGUUUGCGUUCGCCAGCCCGCGCGUUGGCGGCGCCGGCUUCAAGAAGCGGUUCGACGUGGCGGCGGCCGUCGGCCUCCGCGUCCUGCGCGUCCGCAACGCCCGGGACAUCGUGCCCAGGUACCCGGCGCUGCUGUAUCACGACGUGGGCUACGAACUACCCAUCGACACCGGCGCGUCGCCGUACCUGAGGGCGACCGGGGACAAGCGCGUGUGGCACAACCUGGAGUGCUACCUGCACGGUGUGGCGGGCGCGCCGACGGCGGCCGGAGGGGCGUUCGAGCUCGUGGUGGAACGGGACGUGGCCCUUGUGAACAAGUUGUACGAUGCGCUGAGAGAAGAGCACGGGGUGCCUGCGGGGUGGUGGGUGCCUUGCAACAGGGGCAUGGUGAAGGGGGACGACGGACGCUGGAGGCUGGUGGACUGCGAGGACGAGGAUGGGGAGGACGCCGUCGUGCCGCCGGUGAACAAGUGAAGUGGACGCCUCCAUCUCAGGGUCGCGUCAUGCAUGCAUGCACGAAAAACAGUUGAUUGUUCUUUCUUCGGAAAUAAUAAAUCCGAAACGUUCGGAUUUUAAGCAUGGCAUCCCGAACGUUUUUCAUGGCAACUUUAGUUCUUGCGAGGUUGGCAACAUGACAAUUUUUUGACAAAAAAACAAACUGGAACAAAGUUGCCAUGUGCUAAUAACUAAAGUUGCCACCUCACCAUCAACUAAAGUUGCCAUCAAAAAACGUUCAGGAUGACAUGCUUAAAUUCCGAACGUUCGGAAUUUAUCAGGGUCCUCUUUCUUUUCUUUCACAUUUGGGAUAUCUAUUAUCUGGGGUAUUAGUUUGGAAGCUUCGUACUAGUAAAUCGUAAUUAUCUUUUAAUUGUGGGAUUAUAGCCCAAGACUUACUACAAUGUUAUAAUUUCUGAGUGUUUUCCCGCAAAA